AUGGCGGAUUUGAAGGUGAAGCAGGAGAGCGGGGACGCUGCUGAAAUAGAGAACAGGAUUAUAGAGAUGUGUCAGCAGUUUCCUCAUGGAAUUACAGACCAAGUUAUCCAGAAUGAGAUGCCACACAUUGAAGCAAAACAGAGAGCGAUGGCAAUCAACCGUUUACUGUCCGUUGGUCAGCUGGAUCUCCUUAGAAGUGGAGCAGGUCUUUUGUACAGACUGAAAGACACACAGACCGCUGGUAAAAUGAAGGGAUCCGACAAUCAGGAAAAGUUAGUGUAUCAGAUUAUCGAGGAUGCUGGCAAUAAAGGCAUAUGGAGCAGAGACAUUCGAUACAAAAGUAAUCUUCCUCUCACUGAAAUCAAUAAAAUUCUAAAGAACAUGGAAAGCAAGAAGCUAAUUAAAGCGGUCAAGUCAGUAGCGGCUUCAAAAAAGAAAGUGUACAUGCUAUAUAAUGUACAGCCUGACCGCUCCGUGACGGGAGGAGCAUGGUACAGUGACCAGGACUUUGAGUCUGAAUUUGUCGAAGUAUUAAACCAGCAGUGUUUUAAAUUCUUGCAAACGAAGGCAGAAGCAGCCAGGGACAGUAAGCAAAACCCAAUGAUCCAAAGAAACAGUUCUUUUGCAUCAUCCCAUGAAGUCUGGAAAUUUAUCUGUGAGCUUGGCAUCAGCAAGGUUGAAUUAUCAAUGGAAGACAUAGAAACUAUUCUAAACACUCUGAUUUAUGACGGGAAGGUAGAAAUGACAAUAAUUGCAGCUAAAGAAGGGACAGUGGGUAGUGUUGAUGGACAAAUGAAACUCUACAGAGGCGUGAACCCAAUCAUACAGCCAGCAGGUUUAGUGCGUACUCCUUGUGGCCUGUGCCCGGUUUUUGAUGACUGUCAGGAUGGAGGCGAUAUUUCCCCAUCUAAUUGUAUAUAUAUGUCUGAGUGGCUGGAUUUUUGA